ACCCACGCAUCGACGAGAAGAUGAAUAGCGGCAAUAUGGCUACUUCUUCCAUCCUUUUCUUCUUCCUCCUCGGCGGCCUCACCGUCGCCGUCGCCGCCCACGGCACGGCGAACGACGACACCAAUACCAUACGCCUCCCCAGCGACGGAGCAAAGUCGCCGAAGAUGCCGACGGAGAAGAGGCCGUGGAAGUGCUGCGACGACAUCGAGGAGCAGCCGGCGAGCAUCUUCCCGCCGUUCUGGCGGUGCAACGACGAGCUGGAGCCCAGCCAGUGCGCCGCCCAGUGCGAGGUGUGCCAGGACCAGGAGGCGUCGCCGGGCCGGCUCAUCUGCGGCGACGUCUACUGGGGCGCCGACCCGGGCCCCUUCUGCACGCCGAGGCCGUGGGGAGAUUGCUGCGACAUGGACAUCUGCAGCAGGUCUCUCCCGCCGAUCUGCCGGUGCGCCGACGAGGUGGAGUCGUGCGCCGCCGCGUGCAAGGAUUGCCAGCAGCUGGAGUCGUCGUCGUCGUCGUCGGAGCCUCCUCGCUACGUCUGCCAUGAUUGGUUCAGAGGCGAGCCAGGUCCCAGUUGCACACCCGACGAACACAAGUAAUUAACCUACGGCUACGGGUGUGAUCGAUCGAUCGAUCUGUCCGUCGAUAAUAAGCGCUAGCUGCUAGCUGAUCGUUAGUUUGAUCAUGCUACUAGCUAGCUUAGCAAUCAACAUUUAGAGCUCUGCUUUAGUUGUCAGUUUAGUGCUUAUUAUUUGUACGUGGAUCGCUUAGCUUGUAUAUCAAUCUGUCCUUCAAUAAAUAAAAGAAAACGGGGCGGAUCGUUCAUUA